GAUUACAUAAAACGACUGCUGCCAAACCACUGCGGGGCAUCGAUUCUCACCGCUGGCGACCAUCCAACGGCCAACUGUUCCGUCCUGCUGGACAACAACGGAGACUGCAAGCUGGUCGUGGGGGACAUGUCCGUCCACAAUGCCAUCAGCACCAACUGGAUCAAUACGCACGCAAAACUAAUUCAGGACGCUCCACUGGUGAUAAUUGAUGCCAACAUAAGCGAGGAAGCAAUGAAGGCGACUUUCGAUUUGUGUUUGCAGUACGAUAAACCAGUCUUUUUCGAACCAACGGACAUGCGAUUUGCCGCAAAACCCUUCAACGCCUCCGAUAAUGCCUGUAAGGUCAUACGCUUCAUCACCCCCAACCUGUACGAGCUGAGAGAAAUUGCCAAGAAUUUAGGUUUCAAGGAACAGCCCAUUGCCAAUACGCUGAUAGAAAACUUCAGCGAACUGGACGACCUACUGCAGGAGGUGCGAACACUCGGAUCUUUCACCGUCAAUCACGUGGACAACGUGAUCGUCACCCUGGGGUACUACGGAGUUGUGAUCAUUCGCAGAGCGUGUGAACAAGUUCCCUUUUUCGAUUCCACUGAAACUUAUCAACGGCGAGUCGCCGACAAGCCGCAAACACGUUUCUACCCUGGCCGGAAGUUGGACUACAUUGUCAACGUUUCCGGUGCGGGUGACAGUUUCUCCAGCGGGUUCAUUGCAGCCAUGCUGGGUGGCCGCCUGGAAGCGGUAUGCGUCGAAGUGGGAUUCGAAGCAGCUUGCUGUGCUCUUACUUCCAAGGGAGCCGUGGCCGAACUGUACUUCGGUCGAUCCCAUCCCUGCUGGGACGAAACCAACGGAGCUCGCUUUAUCACCAUCGAGCAGAGCGAGCAGUUUUCCUUGAAGUAGGCAGGUAGAUGUGGGAAUUUUAACUGCUGCAUUUUUAGCAAGUUCGCUCCCACCUGCAUAUCUACCCAACACAACCGUACACAACAAUGAGGUAAUUAAAGAAUCAUUAUUUUCAACUAUCCAGACCCGUUUUCCAGCGUGAGCGUUUUGUUUUGAUGACUGUCCCUUAUUAUCUCACAUAUAGGUUGGUAGGUGCCUUGUGCUAGACUAGAAUAUGCGAAGCUAGCGAAUGGCACACGAAUAUGCGCAUGAUGACCAGCACCAUUGUAUGAAGAAUAUACACAUGGAUCCUCAAAGGCGCAAACAUGCCGUGACUGUGAAGUGGGUCACUGGACUCGUCAGUGGACGUUUGUUAUUUACAGGCGUAAGAAAAUAACGUUGCGAAAAAUCUAAAACAAAGACGUGACCAACUACGCCUGCUGGUGUUAUAAUCGUUAGACACCUACACACUCAAAUGUUUUAAGGGCGAUUCAAAUUAUCAAUUUUACUACACUUAGCUCAAUCGAUUUAAAAUCAGAUCAUAACCCUUCUCACAAAGUUUUU